AUGUACUCACAACACCCGGCCAUUGCGCCUCAGAAACCUGAGACGUUUAUGCUGAGCACCGAAGCCCAGCAGGCUCUUCCCCAUGAUGCCCAGGUCGCCCUCCAGCAAGUCGACAACCUCAAGUACUUCCUCAUCUCCGCCCCGGUCGAUUGGCAGCCGGAUCAGUACAUUCGACGCUUCCUCCUGCCGACGGGCGAAUAUGUCUCUUGCAUCCUGUGGAACAACCUCUUCCACAUCUCGGGCACUGACAUUGUGCGAUGCCUCUCUUUCAGAUUCCAGGCCUUUGGCCGCCCUGUCAAGAACUCCAAAAAGUUCGAGGAGGGAAUCUUCUCCGAUCUCCGAAAUCUCAAGUCAGGAACUGACGCCUCCCUGGAGGAACCAAAGAGCGCUUUCCUCGACUUUCUCUACAAAAACAACUGCAUCCGUACCCAGAAGAAGCAAAAGGUUUUCUACUGGUACAGUGUGCCCCACGACCGCCUCUUCUUGGAUGCUCUGGAGCGAGACUUGAAGCGGGAGAAGAUGGGCCAGGAAGCCACUACUGUCGCUGUUAGCGAGCCCGCGUUGUCCUUCCAGUACGAUUCGUCGCAGUCGCUCUACGAGCAGCUCACCAAGAGCCAGCAGGCCAACUCGUCCUCCUUCAGUGCUCAGCAGUCUUCUUUUCACCCCAGCCAGUCCACCUCCCCCGUCAUGAGGGCCAUGGACUCGAUGCCUCCCCCGAGCAUCAUUCCCAACACAAUGGCCCCUUUGUCUGAGAGCAUGGACUCCAUGGUCUCCUACGACACCAUGGCCAUGGCUCCCGCCGUCCCCCAGCAGGUUGCGGCAGUCAAGAGGGAGGCUGACUUCACCCGUGUCCACUACAACCAGAAUGGUAUCCCCAUUACACACAGCCACCACCGUCAUUCCUCGAUGCCUGCCUACGGCCUGGAGUACUCGCCUGCUCCGUCCUUUGUGUCUUCGGGCUACGAGGAUUACAGCAACCGAGGUUUGUCAUUUGAGCCCAUCACUCCUCCUCAGCAGGCCCUCGGCAUCACUGCCGAGCCCGCCUACAUUGCCAACGAGGAGACUGGACUCUACUCUGCCAUCCCCGAUCACCUCUCCGGCAUGUCAGGUCUCGGCGGAAUGGUCCAGAUGCCAUCCCACCUUUCUGGUCCCCAGUUCCCUCGCUCUUACGGCGCAAAUAACAUUUACUCCGUCAUCGAGGGAUCUCCCACCUAUAAGCAGCGAAGACGCCGCACCUCCAUCCCCACCUCAAUGUCUGCGAUUGCACCUACGUCAACUCCGUCUGCCCCUCACAGGCCCUCGGAUCUGCGUCGGUCAGUCUCUGUCUCCAUGGGACCCGUCGUUGAGGGGGAUGAGUCCACCGGCAACUCGCCUUCCAGCAUGGUGUACCCCUCCCAGCACAAGGAUCUCAUGGACAUCUCAAGACAUGGCAGCCCCGCUGUUCACCCCAUGGCUCUCCAGCACGACUUUUCCCACAUCAGUGAUGACAUCUCUGGUGACCGUUCCAUGAUGGCUGGUGGCAUUGUCCGACGUGCCCGAUCAGCUACUGUGAUGGAGCUGGGUCCUUAUCCUCACAAGUCUCACAGCUGCCCAAUUCCCACUUGUGGCCGCCUGUUCAAGAGACUAGAGCACCUUAAGAGACACGUCCGAACGCACACUCAAGAGAAGCCUUACAUUUGCCCUCACUGCAGCAAAGCUUUCUCUCGAUCAGAUAAUUUGGCGCAGCACAAGCGUACUCACAGCCGCGAGGAUGGUGGCGAGGGCUCAUUGAAUCUCUCUGCCGAGGAGGAGGAGGAGUUUUCCGGCGAGGAGCAUCUUGGAUCUGUCGAGGAGGCGUCACCCACAUCAGAAUCAGCCUUUGUCCCUGGCUCGAUCAAUGCCGUCGCUACCAGCGGCACCGUCACUCCUCAGACCACUAUGACUUCCAGCCAUAGCUUCAACAGCCUCCAAACCCUCAGCAUGCCCAUGACCAUCAGCCAACCCACCCCCAUCAAUGCUGGAGGUGCUAUGUAACGCGUUUUUUUUUCUUUAUCUGUUCUUUCCAUAUGAUCUUUAUAUUUCUUUUAUUUCCUUUUCUCUAUUUGCGUCAUGAUACAUUUUCACGUUCUAUGGAUCUCGGUUUCGGGGAUUUCAUGUUUUGUUUCUUGAUAUCAUUUCUUCUCGAUCUCUCACUUAUUUACCCCUUUCUUUAUGCGUCUUAUGCUCGGAUUGUCCUUUUCUAUUUACGGCUGCAACAACAGAUUUGCUCUUUAUACACAUUGGCUCGGGGCCGACUUCAGCAGAGUAGCAUCUGCUGUUUUGGCUCUGGACGAAAACGAAGAGAAGGGGCUUGCAUGUGACAGGAGUGAAAAUGACGCCAUCUGUAUAUAUAUAUUAUAUACUAUUUAUUCUUUCAAUGUCAGAUUAUAAAGGGGGCUUCUCGUGGAAGGAAUUACCACUAAGGGGGGCUUCCUUUGUGUUAGUGUUGCGGUGUAGGAAUCAAUCAAUAGACAUGAAAAAACAGUUUCUAUUUACUUUUGCG